AUGGAGGCUCCCAGUUCUUAUGACUCUCAGUCUGGACGACAAAGUGCAGCCUAUCAUCAAACUGUUUGGGGUGAUCACUUCCUUUCCUGUAAAAUUAUUCCAUACGCUGAGCUGCAGGCAUCACUAAAACCAAGGAUGGAUGAGCUCAAACUUGAGAUAAUCCACAUGUUCAGCAGCACAAAGGAUUCUGUACAAACCAUGGAGCUUAUUGAUACAAUCCAACGUCUCGGAGUCGGCUAUCAUUUUGAAACCGAAAUCAAUGAGGCAUUAUGCCUUCUCUUCAAAACUACAUAUGAUGACAAUGAUCUAUACACUGUUGCCCUCCGUUUCAGGUUGCUAAGACAACAAAGAUAUAAUAUUCUGGCAGAUGUCUUUAACAAGUUUUUGGAUGAGAAGGGAGACAUUAAGGAUUGCUUUAGCUCUGAUGCAAAGGCUUUGUUGAGCUUAUAUGAAGCCGGAAAUCUUGCACUGCCUACUGAAGAGAUGCUUGACAAAGCUGUUAAUUUUUCUAAAAGUCGUCUCAUGUCAAUGAAAAGUGAGUUGGAGCCACAUUUUGCACUAAUCGUGUCGAGUUCGAUAGACAUACCACUUUUCAAAAGAACAGACAGGAUAAAGACUAGAAGUUACUUGUCGAUAUAUGAGCAAGUUAGUGACUUCAAUCAAGUUCUUUUAGAAUUUGCAAAAAUGGAUUUCAAUUGUUUGCAAGCACUGCAUCAAGAGGAGGCACGAAAAAUAACCCUGUGGUGGAAAAACUUGGGCUUGGCAGAAAGACUACCAUUUGCUCGUGAUCGAUUAGUAGAGUGUUAUUUUUGGGUACUUUCAGUAUACUUUGAGCCACGUUAUUCACGUGCUAGAUUGAUGAUGACAAAGUGCAUAACACAAAUGUCCUUUCUUGAUGAUGUAUAUGACGUUUAUGGAACAUUGGAGGAGCUUGAAAUCCUCACCCAUGCAAUACAAGGAUGGGACAUUGAAAGUGCAAGUAAAUUACCAGAAUAUAUGCAACAUAGCUUCCUCUCUCUUAUCAACACCUUCGAAGGCAUGGAAACUGAGCUAGCCCCCGAGCAUAAUUCAUUUCGAAUACAAUAUCUUAAAAAUGAGUUGCAGAAAAUAGCAAGAGCAUAUCUUCAAGAAGCAAAAUGGGCCAAAACAUCUUAUGUACCCAAGCUUGAAGAACACCUAGAGAUAUCACUCAUUACUGCUGGCUAUGCAUUUCUCACAUGUGCUUCUUAUGUUGGAAUGGAGGAGGUGAUCCCUAAAGAUGUAUUUGACUGGGUUAUGAGUUUUCCAGAAAUUAUUAAAGCAUCAUGUAUAAUAGGAAGGCUCAUGAAUGAUAUUGUCUCAUAUAAGCUUGAACAAGAAAGAAAUCAUGUCGCUUCAGCUGUUCAGUGCAUUGUCAUGGAGCAAGAAUGCUCUGAGGAAGAAGCAUGCAAGAAGGUUUUGGAGAUGUCAAAUAAUGCAUGGAAAGUCAUAAAUAAGGAAUUUGCCAUGAGUGCCAAUCUCCCAUUUUAUUUAGUUUGGCCAAUCAUUAAUCUUGCACGAUUUAAUGAGUUUAUUUAUAAUGGCGCAGACUUAUACACACAUGCAGAACAAAUCAUGAAAGAUAACAUAAAUGAUGUGUUAAUUAAGCCUAUUCAGUUAAGGGAUUGA